AUGACUGAUUUUAUAGAGUCUUCAAAAGAACAAACCGAUUGUGACACUGCUGCUGAUUCGCUUACAUUAGGUCAAUUAAGAAAAAUUGUCAAACAAUUUCCAAAUAAACAAAAGACGAAGGAAUUCGGGUUCAACUAUUCUGACUGUGAUGUCAUCUCUAAUGAAAUUGAUGAAUUCUAUAGUUAUGUUGAAAUUCGACAAUGCCUCGAUAAUAAAAAAGAGUUUGAAGAUGGGUUUAAAGAUUCUUGGAUCCCUAGUACAAUAUCUGAGCGUCGUACAUAUAUAGAGUAUUUGUUGGAAAUAUUGGAUUUUAAAGAUCCAACUAAAAGACUUUCAGCAGCUAAACAACUAUUAUAUAUUGCACAAGGUGUGUUUGGUGAGACAUCAUCAAAAGAACAUCAUAUUGAAAUAAUCAUUGAAAACAAUAAACUUUUGUGGAAAUCUGGCGCUCUUUUAUCAUACUUUCAAGCAUUGAAAAUGACUUGUCGCGCACAUGAUUAUUAUAGUCGUUUGGAUAAUGUCACCGAUAGACAAGCAUACAUAGAUGAUGUAAACACUGAAAUUGGGUUUUAUUUAACAUUAAUAUACAUGCUAGUUGAAGUUAAUCUUUCUGAUGAAAAUUUUGGGAAUGAAUUAAUUGACCUUGAUCCUCCAAUGACAGUUUUUCUUUUUGAGACUGUUGCUUCUUUGAGAGAAAAAGACAAAAAUGUUAAAGGAUAUCCUGUGAAAAAGUUGUUACUUUUAUUGUGGAAAGUUAUCUUGGCAAGUUUAGGAGGAGUAGAUGAUAUUAAAAAAAAAAAGGAUACUAUGAGAAUGCUUAAUGGAUUACCUCCAGUAAAUAACAAUAAGGAAUUUUUAACAAAAUCAACUCCCUUUGAUUAUCAAACUUUUCAAAGCGAAGCUACUCAAAAAUACCCAACAUAUGCACCACCUCCAUUUUCUGCACAAAAAGAAUCCUCGAAUAUUUUUUUUUAUACAAACAACAACAAUAAUAUUAAUUUUAGCACCAAUAGUAACUCUAGCGAAAUACAACCUUUCAUUUUUCCAUUUUCAAAAUCUGAGCCAACUAUACCAAAAUCAAUUAUGGAGGCUGGUGAUCUAUAUUUAAAAUUCAUGUACACAAGUCUAUCAGCGAUCCAAUCUCGGAAAAUUAAGGAAGAAAUGAAACUAAAUCACCCUGAUUUUAAUAUCAAUGGAUCAAAUUAUAAUGAAAUGGAAGGAAUUAUAAAUAACGAUGCUUCUUUACCCCUUCUUGAUAAUAAUGAUUCUGUUACACAAAAAGAUAAAGAAAAAUUGGGCAGAAGGUCAAUUCUUCCGUAUAUGAAUAACAUAGUUGUCGUGCUUCUGAAACUUUUAUUAGCAACAAUAUCAUCAAAUACUAACAACAAUAAAGGCACUGAAAAUAACGAUCCUCAAAAAGGAAAUGCUACAAAUAAUUUUAAUGAAGUUGAUAUCAUAAGACACCGAGAAAUUACCUCUAAAGCUGUAUCGGCAAUCUUAUUAUUGAUUCUUAAACAUUUAAAAGUAUCUCACGUAUUAAAAUUUGAAUAUCUUUCACAAUUAUUGAUUGAUUCAAAUUGCCUGCUUCUCAUAUUAAAAAUGUUUGGCUUACAAGAUAUAAGUGUAUCCAUCAAAGCUAAGAAUGAAGUAGAAGAUUUAAAUUUUUUUCAUUAUUGUCGUAAAGUAAAAGAUAAUCCUAUCCAAACAUUAGAAAAUAAUUCAAUAGAUAACUUUAAUUUCACCGGUAACAACAAUUAUUCUGAAUGCUCAUCGCCAUCAUCAAAGGUCCAAGGGCGAUCAGAAAAAAAUGGAAAUUUAAAUCUUGAUGAGAUUAAUGAUGUUGAUGAGGUUCAAUCAAACUACAACAGUGUUGAAGGUUAUAAUGAAAUAAACAUGGAAAAUAACAUUGAAACUAUUAUUGAUUUGGAUUUUAGUUGGAGAAAUUUUUUUACAGCUAUAAAUUUUCUAAGGAUAGCCCAAAAAUUAACUAAAAAAAAGACACACAGAAUUUUGUUAUUAGUACAAUAUAAAUCCUCCCCACAGGAACAAAAUCUUCGAGCAUUGGUAAAAUUUUAUAACGAUAAAUAUUAUUUUAUAAAUUAUGAUGAUCAUCAAUCAAAUGGUAUUCAUCACAAUGGUUUCGAUGAAGACUCUACAGAAAUAUUUCCACCACACUAUACCAAACCUUUAGAUCAUACCAAUUCAGCCUAUAUAGAUGAUAUUUUAUUGGAAAAUUCAUUUAUCGACAAUUGGGAAAAUUGGCUCCAGGAGGAAGUUUACAAAUUUUCUCUUUCUAAGCCUCAUCUUGUAAAUAUAGACGAAUUCUAUAAUGAUGAAUAUAGCACUAUAAUAGAGCAGGUUGGUGAUGGAUCAGAAUGGGAAAUACCACCAACACCGCCAUGUGAUGACGUCAAUGAUUGUUUUUCAAAUAUUGAAUGGAAGAAAUUCUCACAGGAUGAUCUUGACGCUUAUGAAAAUUCCUUCAAGGCUACUACCAAUGCUACCAAUAAAUAUAAAUCCAAUUAUAUUAAUUAUAUGGAUGAUGAUGAAAUUGAUAAUAAUUUGGAAAAUGUAGAUUUAUCUGAACAAAUACAAGCGGAUAUCGAAAUUAAAUAUCCUUGGCCUGAUGAAGUAUUGGGUCCACAUGCCACAGACGAAGUAAUGAUUUACGAGCCUAUAUCAUAUAAAGCUGGUAUUGAAGACGAAUAA